AUGGGUCUGAUAGCCAUUGCAACUGCAACGUCUGGUAUUGCAGCGUCCAUCAUGCCCGGUGGUCGCACCGCCCACUCCAGGUUCAAGAUCCCCAUAAAGCUUUCCGACAACAACAUGUGUAAUUUCACCAAACAGAGCGGUACCGCUGAGUUGCUUCGCAGGUCACACUUGAUAAUCUGGGACGAAGUUGCCAUGACCAAACGUCAAGCUGUUGAAACACUCGAUAGGUCUCUCCAGGAUAUAAUGGGAUGCUCGCAGCUCUUUGGUGGAAAGGUCAUGGUAUUUGGAGGAGACUUUAGGCAGGUCCUUCCAGUGGUGACACGUGGUACGAGGGCACAGAUCACUGAUGCUACACUACAAAGGUCUUAUAUAUGGGAGAAGAUAUGUAAGAUACAGCUAACCCGGAAUAUGAGGGCGCAGUCUGAUCCAUGGUUCUCCGAAUACCUCCUUAGGAUUGGCAACGGAACAGAAGAGACGAUUGGUGAUGAUUAUGUGCGUCUCCCAAAUGAUAUCGUGGUUGGUUACAGUAUUGCAGAAGAAUCAAUUGACAAACUCAUUGAAUUUGUAUUCCCAGAUCUCCAGAACAAUUCUACGUCAGCGGACUACAUGAGUGCACGUGCUAUCCUCUCAACUAAGAAUGAGCAUGUGGAUGAGCUGAAUGCAAUUAUGAUAGAUAGGUUUCCAGGCAAGGAGACGGUAUACUACAGCUUUGACUCCGUCGACGAUGAUUCACGAAACAACUAUCCGAUUGACUUUCUGAACUCAAUCACACCAAAUGGAUUGCCACCACAUUUGCUUAAACUCAAAAGCAACUGUCCAGUCAUCCUGCUUCGGAAUCUUGAUCCUCACAACGGUCUCUGCAAUGGAACAAGGCUAAUGGUUAGAGCUUGCCAACGUAAUGCCAUUGAUGCAGAGAUUGUUGGCGGGCAACAUCAUGGAAAGAGGGUGUUCAUUCCUAGGAUCCCUUUGUCCCCCUCAGAGGACAUUUCACUCCCUUUCAGAUUCAGGAGGAAACAAUUUCCAAUCCGCCUUAGCUUUGCAAUGACUAUAAACAAAGCUCAAGGACAAACCAUUCCUAAUGUUGGUAUUUAUCUACCCGAGCCUGUGUUUUCUCAUGGACAGUUGUAUGUUGCAUUAUCGAGGGGUGUAUCACGUCAGUCAACACGGAUUCUAGCUAAGCCAAAUACAGAUAUAGAUGCCAUAGGGAGAAGCACCAAGAAUAUUGUGUACAGAGAUGUAUUGGAAUGGUGUUCUUCGGUUUCAUGA